AUGCGGUAUCCAGCAGUUCUUCGUCAGAAGUUUCUGCUGAAGAUGAGCAAAGUUCCCACAGCGCUGAGGAGCAGGAGCGGAAUCUUGAUGGUGCGUCGGAUACAUCAUCGGAAGAUCAUGCGGGGAAUACGUCGUCUUAUGUAUCAGAGGUGCGCCCAAGCGAUUCAGAACAGGAGCAGUACUCUGAUAUCGAGCUAA